GGCCACGCAAAGCUCAUAUGGACCCAGAGACACUGGAUGUGGGGUGUGUUGUUUUAGGGAGAGAGGAAGGCCAAGAGUAAGCCUCAGGUGGCCGCAAGGGUUGGGUUGGAGGACUUGCAGCAGUAGCACGAGGCAUCCUGGGUCUCUGAGAUUCAGUAUUGACAUUCAUUGCAGUGGAUCUUGAGGUGUUGUCGUAUCCGCAAGGGUGGAAUCUACAAUGGAGCGAUUUCUGGCGGUGGGGCUUCUAGCACUGUUCUGUGUCACUUCGCCCGCCUAUGCGGAGGACAUUGACGAAAAAGAUGUUAUUGUUCUCGGCGCUAGCAACUUUACGGAGCUGAUCAGUAGUCACAAGUACGUCCUGGUUGAGUUUUAUGCCCCCUGGUGUGGCCACUGCCAGACACUGGCGCCCGAGUACGCCAAGGCAGCCACCCUUCUCAAAGAUGAAGGUGUGGUUCUCGCUAAGGUUGAUGCCACCGAGCACAACGAUCUAAGCCAGAAGUUUGAAGUCCGAGGCUUCCCCACUCUGUUAUUCUUCGUUGACGGAGUGCACAGGCCCUACACUGGCGGUCGGAAGGUUGACGAGAUCGUCGGCUGGGUGAAGAAGAAAUGCGGACCUUCUUUUCAGACUCUUAAGUCCACUGCUGAUGCCGAGAAGGCGUUGGAAUUCGAGACUCCAAUUGCGGUCGCAUUCGUGGAUAGCCUCGAAGAUAAGAACGCUAAGGCACUCAUUGCAACAUCUGCUAAGGAGGAAGGCGCCACGUUCUACAUGACUGACGACAAGGAAGUGGCUGCAAAGUUUGGCCUAGAGAAAACACCGUCGCUUGUCUUGUUGAAGAAGCAGGCAGAGACGGUUGUCCAUUUUGAGGGUGAAUUCGAGGAGGCGGCCCUUACCAGCUUCGUUGUGAAAAACAAGCUUCCUCUUGUCAUCACAUUUAGCCGUGAGACAGCAUCCUCAAUCUUCGAAUCCGACAUCAACAAGCAACUGAUUCUGUUUGCAGGUACUGAAGGGUAUGUUAAGGUCCGCGAUGUUUACGAAGAAACUGCGAAAUCUUUCAAGGGCCAGAUCAUCUUCGUUCUUGUUGACCUUGCCAACGAAGAGGUGGCUGCCCCUGUCCUUGAUUUUUUCUCCCUCAGUGGCCCCAAAACAAAGCUCAUGGGAUUCAUUCCCGAAGAAAAUGGGUUAAAGUUCGAGUACGACGGAGACUUCGACCAGAAGUCGCUCAAGGACUUCGCAGAGAAGUUUGUGGCGAACAAGCUCACCCCAUACUUUAAGUCUGAAGACGUACCGGAGAAGAACAACGAGCCUGUGAAGGUUGUCGUUGGCAAAUCGUUCGAGGACAUUGUUCUGGACGACUCGAAGGACGUUCUCCUCGAAGUCUACGCUCCCUGGUGCGGUCACUGCAAGUCUUUGGAGCCUGAGUACAAUAAAUUGGGAGAGCUCUUGAAGGACGUGAAGUCUGUAGUGAUCGCCAAGAUGGACGGCACUAAGAAUGAGCACAGUCGCAUUAAGAUUGAGGGCUACCCAACCGUUGUUUUGUUCCCCGCUGGAAAGAAGAGCGAGGAGCCAAUCUCAGCAGGAGCAUACAGGACAGCAGCUGGAUUGGGCAAGUUUUUGAUGGAGAACGCAGGUAUCCCCUUCAAAGCCGAUCUUCCGGAGUACGUUGAGCCCAAGCAUGGUCACGAGGCGGGAGGUAAAGAAUCCGGUGAAUAUGACCAUAAUGAAGAGCUUGAUCACUCGGACCAAACACUAGAGGAAGCUGCCGACACGGAAGAAACCAAAGACGAGCUUUGAAAGAUCUUGUUAGUGAUUUUAGGUUAGGACUUCCAUACUACACACGUUUGCGGCGUCAAAUCCAUGCCUUUCGCGUGGAAACAUUUGUAAUACGGGCCCCAAAUGUAGCACGGAAAACUUUACAUAUGUAUGUACAAACA